GAUUAAUCAUCACACAGACACACACAUAAACGCACACACCGAAUAUCAACACAGUACACACAGUGGUAGUAUACUUGUCUAUGGUGGCGCUUACGUAUCCACAUGACUUUUCCGCGGAAAAUGUUUUCCAUUAGUAAUAGCGACACGGUGAAUACAGCAGUAGUUACAGUGACAAUAACCGCGUUCUCGAAAUCGUCUCUGCCGUCGGUGUGUUUCUCGCGAGUCGUCGUUUUUGUUGGUGUUGUUGUUAUUGUUGUUGUUGUUGUUGUUGUUGUUGUUAUCGUCGACGUGCCGCCGCCGCCGCAGUGGUCAGUGACAGAAAGGGUUUUCGCCGAUUUCCAAUGCGCCCCGUCUGCCGCCGCCGUCGCCGCAGCAGCAGCAGCAUGUUCCGAAUUAUCGUGCUAAACGCCACUGCCGCCGUCGUACCGCGUUUCGCCCGCAGUGUUCGUUGUUGUUGAAACGAUAUCGUCUCGUACGCGCGUGCUGCCGUAUCGUUUUCCUCUUAUUUAUCGUCGUUUUCGACGCCCUCGUGCGCCGCGCACCGUGUAUGGAUACAUAAUUAAUAUUAUUAGUAAAUAUUUUUUCACGAUACACGGCAAACCGCACGACCGGUGCAGAUUAAUAAUUCACACGAGUACAGUGCGACAUUAUAUUUAUACAUUUGUUCGUACGCGAUACGCGAACCGUACGUACCUAUACGAUACCGCGGUGUGCCGUGUGAUAUAGCUACUGCGACGCACGUUUCCGUGGCCGUGUAAGAGACGGCGUGUGCGCGAAAAUCGUAAUAAUAUUAUUACUAUUAUUAUUACAGUGCUAUGUGUGGCCACGUCGGUUCUAGUCAGUUCGUGUACGGUUCAAUAUUAAUAUAGUUCGGAACGCGAAAACCGAGUGUGUCGGGAAUCCGCACACGCGAAAGGAAAUACCAGACGAGAAGUAGAAAUUAUUUAAAAUGAGCUUGUUAUUAGCUCAACUUACUGACUCACCUAAGCCUAGAAAUGCUAUGGCUGGUGUAGUUAAAAUUGGAUAUUUAAAAAAAAAUAAGAGUAUGAGAAAAAAGUUUUUUGUACUUCGAGAAGCAACUGCAGGUGGUGGACCUGCACGCCUUGAAUAUUAUGAAACUGAAAAAAAAUGGAGGAACAAUGCAUUGCCUAAAAAAGUAAUUGUAUUAAAGUCUUGUUUCAAUAUCGACAAACGUGUAGAUUCACGUACUAAAAAGACACUAAUAUGUUUGUACACCAAGGAGAGUUCCUUUUAUAUUCAAUUUGAUACUGAUAAAGAACUCGACGAGUGGUUGGACCUUAUGUUGGUUUUACAACGAGUUACCAAAGAUUUUGGACCUGGUGUUUCACUUAAAGAACCUUUCGAGCAUAUUUGGCACAUCUCUAUACUAAAAAAAGAGUUGGGAAUGAAUGCAAAUUUAAUAGGCAUGACUGGUCUCUGUUUAUGUGACAAAAAAGUGAGCAUAAUGAAGUAUCCAACUAAAUCAAAGGAACAAAAAUCUAUGGAUAUAAUGCUGACAAGUAUUCGUCGCUGUGGAGCUUUGGGCACAUUUUUUUACAUGGAAGUAGGACAAAGUUCUCCAUUUGGUUCUGGUCAUAUAUGGAUGGAUACAUGGAACAGUGAUGUGGCAACUAGUGUUCAUGAAACUAUAAUGGGCGCAGCAAGUCGAAAUCAUGACCCUAGAUUUCGAAUGAGAUCAUCAUCGUUUAAUGAAGGAUCACGAUUAAUUAACUGUCCAAUAAGACAACGUUCAAGUUGUUUUGAUGAUGAGAAUCACCCUGGGCUUCGGUAUAAAAAUAAUAGUCAAAGUUCCUCAACUUUAAAUAAUGGAAAUGUUGAUUUAGCUCGCGCAGGAUCAGUUAGAGAGCGUUGUGAUAGCAUGCCAUUACGACCACGCACUAUUAGUGAAAACAUAACUUCAUCAACGCGUUCUUUCAAUGGAAUUUUAUCUCCAAAACAAACUUUCCACAACGGUUGUAAUUGUGUUUCUGCAUCUUUAUCAUUAUCAGCGUUUAACGAUUCUAACUUGAGUACCUGGGAUUCUUCACUUUCAAAAUCUACAGAUACCACAGAUGGAAUCUUUUCCUUUUACACGAGUCUUAAUGACCACCGGUCUGCAAUACUUGAGGAAAAGCAAGAAGAUUUUGUUUCUUAUACUCCAUUAGACAAAGAAGAAGAUUCUUUGAGACAAACAAGUGACAGUAAUGUUAAUAACAAUAUUAACUUGAUUAACAACAAUAUUGUUGGUAAUAAAUCUAGUUCCUCUUCUCAGGCGGGUUCUUGUUGUGACUCAAAUAGUCCAUAUGGCUCACCCAUCAAUGUAGAUGAUACAUAUACUCCUUUGAACCCUUCUGGUACGUCUGAAACGUCUCCACCACCAGAUGGAUAUCUUCCAAUGAAACCAGGAUACACUUUUUCUAGUAACUGUGUAAAUAUUAUGCCAUUGGAAGGACAUAGUAAUUCUAAACAAGAACCUACUGAAAUGCCUCAAAUGGAAUUUGAAUCGCCUGAAGGCUAUGUUCCCAUGGCACCUGUGGGUAGAAUGUCUGACUAUGUUUCUAUGGAUUGUAAGCAAGGAUCUAUUGAAUCUGGAACACCUUCUACAGACACUCGCUUUUCUGACAUACAUUUGGAUAAAGUUUGUGCAUAUCUUACCCCAUCUGAAGACGAAGGUCCUAUUGAAAGGCCUACUCGAGCUUAUUCUGUUGGUUCCAGACCAGAUGGCUUAAGAGAAAAAAUUGACAAGAUUAAUGCUGAUCGAACAAGAACACGUGCAUUUUCAGUGGGCAGCCGCGGUCGAUUACCUCCAACUGGGUUACCCCGGAAUGGUUAUCAAUCUGGUUCAACCAGUAUGUCUGAACAUAGUGACAGUGGCGAUCGAAUGGAAAUUGAUUUUAGUUGUAAUUCAAAAUCUCGUCGACAUUAUUCUGCAACUUGUCGCACCUUGUCUAUUCAGCCACCAGCAGACUUAUCACCAAGAUCAUCACCUAAACUUUGUCCUUCUCCUGAUCCAUCAUGUACUCAUAGACCAACUGGUCGUUCCCCUCCAAAAUCUAUAGUGUCUUCUGUUGAUAUUAAAAGGACACUAUCUGGAGCUGUUCACGGUAUUUCCAGAUCACCUCCAACAUCUUCACAUGCUUAUUUGUCACCUACAUUGGAAAGAGUUUCAGAGGUGCCUGGUAUUGAACUUGUUGAUAGUUACACACCAAUGAAACCGAGUCAAGGAUUAUUUCCCUGUGAAAACACAAAUAUGGUGGUAGAAGAAUCAAAUAAAAAAAAUUAUGUUAAUGUAUGGGAAGCAGCAAGCAGUACGUUUCCACUCAUGAAAAUGAUUGGAGGUUUGAAUUGGAAAAAAAACAAAAAACGUAACACAGCUCCAGUUCUUGAACAACUUAUACCCAUGGCUGAUGAAGGCAUUGAUGAAAUAGAUGGUUAUACGACUAUUAGGCCAGGUGUUCAUACAGUACCAGUACGAGAACAACAAAUUGGUCAGUCUUCUGAUGCAGUUAUAGAUGCCAUUUGUGAUGGAUUUGCAGAUCUAGUAUUCCCAGACCCACCUCCUAUUGUCACAUAUAAUUCUCAGAACCAGUCCAAGUCAGAUAACUCUGUUACUUCGCUGGAUGGGUAA